AUGCAUGCGAAGUGCGUGAUUGAGAAUAAUGAUGAGGCUGGGAUUCGACCAAACAAGACAUUCCUAGCUUUGGUAAAUGAGGCUGGGGGCCCGUCAAAUCUGGGAUUCUCAGAAAAGGAUUUAAGAAACUAUAUUACAGCAAGACUCCGAACCAGCAAUGUGAAUGCGGAUGUUAGGGAGAUGAUGAACUAUUUCAUGAGAAUGAAGGACAUCACUCCGAACUUCUUCUAUGCUGUGAAAUUGGAGGACGAGUGUAGAUUUAGGAGUGCAGUUUGGGUGGAUGCAAGGUGCAGGGCUUCCUAUGAAUACUACGAAGACGUCGUGUCAUUUGAUAGCACUUACAGUACAAACAGGCAUGAAUUACCGUUCGUGUCGUCCGUUGGUGUCAACCACCAUGGUAAGUUGACCCUCCUUGGUUGUGCGUUGUUGGGAAACGAGGAAAUUCCAAGUUAUGAGUGGGUUUUCAGCCAAUGGGUGACGUGCAUGGGAGCUGCUCUACAGAGCAUCAUCACCGAUCAAUGCAGAUCCAUGUUCGUUUUUCAUUCGUAUAAAGUGUAUAAAGUACCUACCUGCUAUGUUCUCCCUCGAUGGAGCAAGAAAAUAAAGCGCAAGCAUACUUAUAUCAAGAGCAGUCACGACAUCAGUCGGUCGGAUGUGAGUCAUAAUGCAUUCAGGGGAUUAUGUGCACACUUCUACAACAUUGCUCAAGAGUUCGUCAAUGACGACGACGAAACAGCAUUGUUGCAUGCUGCUCUAGAAGAAACAAGGGCCAAGUUGACUGAGCACCGUGCCAAGAAGAGGUUCGAGGGCGUGGCGGAGACCCACACCAGCAUUGGCUCACAAAAUUCAAAUGUUGUCGGUGUUGUCGACAUACAAGGCUCAUCGUUGGUCACUACAAAGGGCCGGUCAAAGAGUAAAAGGCUUGGAGCUGCCCUGAAAAAGUCCUUCAAGAAAUCUGGUCGGAGGAAAAACAAGAAUGCUUCCCCGGUGGUUCGUUCAAAUGCAUAUCCAGAUACAAACUUUGGUGAUCUUGUUGGCCGAAAUGCACCUGAACAAGUUGGAAGCUUCAUGUCUUUGCUAACCUCCUUCGACAAAAGUUAG